AUGCCCGGUGUCCAGGACCUCAUCUACAACACCUUCUUCCGACGAAACUCUGUCUUUGUCGCGACCACCUUUGUCGCUGCAUUCUCCUUUUCGAUCGGUUUCGACCUCGCCACUACUGCCUACUGGGAUGCCCACAACCGAGGCAAGCAAUGGCACGAUAUCCGACACAAGUACCUCCAAGCUGGUGGUGACGACGAAGACGAUGAAUAG